AUGGUUACAGAACUAAUUGGCAACAAAAUAAUGAGCUCUUAACUCAGAUACAGAGCUUUUUUUGUGAUUUUGCAUAAUAUGUUAAAUUGAUUACUGGAUGAUGAAAAUCCGUAAUUCUGAGUGCCAGAGGACAAUUAUACUCUAAAAGAAACGAGAUUUCUACGUCCUGUAUAGACGAAGUACGGUCAAGAAGUAUAUCGUAAGACUAAGAAAAUACCGUUACUGUACUUAGCCGCCGCUAACAUCAACAAAGCUAAAAGAGCUAUCUAUAGAAGCUAACAUCAAUAAAGCGGACAAAACGGCAAAACUGGACUGACCCUGUGGACAUCGCCAGUGCAUAGGACUUUCAUCUGUCAGUAACAGGCAAGAUAUCUCCGAUCCUCGUGGUUAUCCCCUGAAGUGUCUUGUAAAGUUUCCGUGACUUAAUAGAGCAGUAGGCCUACUUGACGCUGCUAGUAUGACUCUGAACGAUACAAAUGUAGCGGCAGCUGUAACGUUCACUGCUCUCCGCACGUCGGAGCAAGACUUUGAUUUCCAGUACCCUGGAGAGCUCAGCAACAAAGCCAAAAGAGCAUUCAAACUAAAAGUCCUAAGAGAUAAUCCGGAAACUUUGAAAGCUGACUUUGCCAUGGUGGGUAAUAACAAGACCAUAACGAACUUUUUAUUCUUUACCCACAGUCCUAAGGCUUGGCACGCAGCUGUAUGCCAGUCCUAUAAAUACAUAAAAAAGAAUGGAAUAAGCAAAGGUCGGCAAAGUCACUGUACAUGAAGAUGAUGAAUUGAACAGUCCUUAUCUAACAAUUAAUAUUUACCACAAUGGCACUGUGAUGGUGCAAGGUUCAGAAAACAGCUUAGACAAUUUCUAUCAAAGCUUCCAAUCUCUAAGAGUUCUUGCAAAUAAGAAACAUGAUGAAAAUUAUUCUGAGACCCUAAGUAAAAGAACAUCACCCAUCAGAUCUGCAGUUGACACCCUCUCUCCAAGAAAUGAACAUGUCUCACCCAAGGUAGCCAUCAACCUCAACUCCAUAAAAGACAACAUCCACGUACUUGAACGUGAAUUUGUGGAGUUUAAGGACAAGAUGCUCUCUGGUCUUCAGCUACAGUCUUGUACAUCUCAACCAAGAGAUGAGUUGUGGACCAUGGUUAGACAACAAAGAGAUGAGAUAAGAGAGUUACACGCUGCCCUUAGGGAAUUAGAGGAAGAUAACCAAGGCCUACGCAUGGAACUACGAAAUCUGAAAGUGUUCCAGCACUCUGAACAACUGAACGCCAUAGAUGCUCUACGGAGUGAGUUACAUGACCUGAAGAAGAACUUGACUGACCUGCAGGCCCCCUCUAAUCCUUCCACACCAGCAUCUACAAAACCACCAUCAACUGCCACUGCAACUGAGAGGGAAAAGCAGAAAUCUUGCAUCCCCCAAAUGGCUGUACAGAAAGAUAACCCACCUCAUGAAACUAAAGAACCUGAUCCUGAAAUUGUGCUUUUAUGUGAUUCGAAUGGGAAAUUCAUCAACAUGAAACGCCUUUUUCCAUCAUCAAAAGCUGUAAAAAUUAAAACUCCACGGACAUCAUCUGCCUUGGAAAACAUCCAGAAAAUUAAAGGAAUGAGUCUUGAACAUCUGAUAAUCCACACGGGGACCAAUGACUUUAUCUCCAUUGUGUCCACUGGCCCCAGACUGGCAACAGGUGCGCAAACCAAUAACUUUAUAAAACCCAGCUAUGCCUCAGUACUAACUAGACCUUCAGUCCAAGACCUGAGUGCCCAAGAAUUUCAAAUUAGAGAACUUGUUACUCUGUUGUACAAUAAAUUACUUUGCUAAAAUACUUACCAUAGAUGUAGGGACUAGGUACAUGUUUAUGUAUGUCUUUUGUUAUAUGUGUUUGUUUGUGUAUGUAUGUCUAUAUAUGUGUAUGUGUGUGCGUGUGUGUAUCAGUAGUCACUUUUGUCUUAUCUAUAUGACUUACCUGUGUGUCAUGUGUGUCCUUCUGUCCUUAGAAAAUAUGUAGGCCAAUACAUAGCCUACGUGUAUAUUUGUGUGUGUGUCUUUGUGUACGUAUAUGUGUGCGUGCGUGUGCGUGUGUGUGUGUGUGUAUGUGUAUGAAUGUGUGUACUGUCUGUCUCAUUACUUACUAAUGUAGAUGUUUGUCAGUACAUCUUACUACAUAGGUAUGUGUGGUGUCAGUUUGUGUCUAGUUAAGGUCUAUCUGUCUGUCUGUGCCAUUUGUUAUUUUAUGUAUGUGGUAUCCAUAUGUGUAAGGAUUCUUGUUUGUGUUUCUGUGGAUCUCGUUAUGUAUGGUAUCUGUAUGUGUCUUACCGUAUGUGUGUUUGUGUGUGUGUGUGUGUGUGUGUGUGUGUAUGUAUGUAUGUAUGUAUGUAUCUCCCUAUGCCUCUAUGUUACAUAACAUAUGUCUUCAUGAACAAGAGCACAUAACUCCAUUUAAGUGAGAAUAGUAGCCUGAUUAUUUACUGUAAGACAUAUG